AAGUGCGUGCGAUGACAGGAAUGGCGCUAAGAUUUUGUGCGAAUUUGAAUUUCAUGUUCCUUGAAGCUGGUCCGUUGCUGGAUCGGUAUCGUGCGGCCAAAUUGGCCGGUUUCGAUGCCGUUGAGGGGCCGUUUCCAUCGAACGAUGUUACGCUAGAAACGCUGGUAGCGGUACAGAAAGAGACUGAAUUGAAACAAAUUCUUAUGAAUAUAGCGUUGGGCGAUCAACCGGGGGGUCAGUUUGGAUGUGCUGCCCUGCCUGGCUGGGAGACGGAGUUUAUGGCAAAUCUGGAACGUACGGUUGAAUAUGCCAAGGCGCUUGGAUGUGGGAAAAUACACAUAAUGGCGGGCAAAUUGGACGAACCACCAACAGCAAUUCACGAUAGAACCUACCUUGCCAAUCUUCGUGCCGCUGCACCUGUUCUUGAGCAAAACAACAUCGUCGGUGUGAUCGAACCCAUCAACAAGUAUGCCGUGCCCGGGUAUUACCUUUCAUGUUACGAUAAGGCGGUCCAGAUGAUCACUUCCGUUGGCAGUCCAAACGUGAAACUAAUGCUAGACAUCUACCACGCGCAACACAUUCGAGGCGACAUCACGAACAGCAUCCGUACGCUGGCGUCUUACAUCGGUCACGUACAGCUCGCCCAGGUACCGGGCCGUAACGAGCCGAACAGUGAGGGCGAACUAAACUUCCGUUACGUGCUGCAGGUGUUGGCGACCGAGGGCCGAUACGCCGAUGGAUGGGUUGGGUGCGAGUAUCGUCCGGUGGCCGGCACAGUCGAAGGACUUCGCUGGUUGCGUGACUUUGGCUACUGGCAGUGACUUUCGGACUGGUCGGGUAAGGGUCAAGCGUUGUCAACAUUAUGCAUAAGAAAUGUGAGCA